AUGUACAACAAUCUUACCCUAAUUCAUGUCAGCGUCUUAUGUGAUAUAUGCAUGUCAUCACGUACAGACAUCCUUGUCGGGGAUAAUAACCUCCACAACGACUUUUGGGGAGGUUUCAACGUGAGGAACGUAUGCCACAAAGGUAGAAUCAUUGGCCUGUUCGCUCGCCAACGCACGCACAAUCUGAUGGUCAAUGGAACCAUCACCUACUCACGGUCGUAUCUUAGAACAGACUGCAAAUAUGACAGCGCAAUUGACAUUGCACGGGUCAGCCAGGAACUCGCCACUCGUGCCUUGGGCUCUUGCGUCAUACAGGACCGGGGAAUCAAGACGGAUUAUCGUAUUAUUAGGUUGGAUAUGGAUAUGCAACCGAACUGCUUGGCGAAAAGAGUUCGAUACAUUACGGCGCAAACGACGAGCACUGGUUCACACAAUGUACAGUUCAAGAGUUCGAAAUGA